AUGAACACCCUGAUGACCGGAGGCAUGCAUCAUCGCUGGAAGCGACGAACUGCCCAACUCACCGCCCGCGGGCUUACCGGACCGGCACUGGACAUCGCUACUGGAACAGGAGAUUUGGCUUUCUGCCUCGCCCGACAGGACGGAAUUAACACAGCAUUGGGCGUAGACCUCCUUCCGGCAAUGAUUGCGCUGGCACAGGAUAAGAAGAAAAACACCGGCACUCCAGCAAAGGUUGAUUUUGCGCUGGGUGAUGCGCUGGCCCUCCCUUUUGAAGACGGGUCUUUUGUCUGCGCUACGGCAGGAUUCAGUCUCCGGAAUAUGCCCGAUCUGCCAGCGGCGAUAGCGGAAAUGGCCCGCGUGGUCCGCCCUGGCGGUCGAGUAACGACCCUGGAGCUUAGCCCCAUGUCCCCGGGUUUGAAAGCGACUCUGUUUCGCAUGUAUUUCCACCGCGUGGUACCCCUGGUCGGCCAAAUUGUGGCCGGAGAACGCACCGCUUACACCUACUUGCCGCAAUCCGUUGAUUACUUUCUACAAGCCGACCGUCUUUCCGAUCUCUUUGGGGACGUCGGCCUCGUUGACGUUAGUUUCCAGAAGCUGGGGUUCGGAACUGUGGCAAUCCACCAAGGCACCAAACCGACACCGUAA